AUGAGAUCCCUGGUCUCGGUGUCCGCGGCCGCGCUGGUCCUGGCCGCCGUCCUCGCCGCCGCGCCGCGGCUCGCGGGGGGCACGGACGAGUGCGGCGCCACCCCCCCGGAGCAGGAGGCCCUGAAGCUGAUGCCGUGCAUAGCGGCGGGGAAGGACCCGGACUCCCAGCCCUCGGACCGCUGCUGCGCGGCGGUGCAGGAGAUCGGGGAGAGCAGCCCCGCGUGCCUCUGCGCGGUGCUGCUCUCCAAGAUCGUGCGCCGGGUCGGGGUCAAGCCGGAGGUGGCCAUCACCAUCCCCAAGCGCUGCGACCUGGCCGACCGCCCCAUCGGCUACAAGUGCGGCGACUACACCAUGCCCAGCCUGCAGCUGAAGGACUGA